AUGGACAUGUCCUCGUUUCCAAAGAUGAUCCAGUUCAAGCAAAAGGUUUUGCCACAAGCACAACUAUUGAGAUGGGCAAGCUGGUUUUCACAAUGGAAGUUUGAUGUAAAGCACAUCAAAGGGAAAGACAACUUCCUCCCGGAUUUUCUAUCCAGAACUCAAAAACAAAUUUCAACAAUCAUCCCAAUGAUAUACACCUUGAGCCCUGAACAUCCAACAGAAGAGUCCCCGAAGAACAUGAUUGCAACAAUGCCACAAGGUUUACAAGAGAAGAUGCUAGACACUGUUUUGGUUUCCAGABGAGUGGAAACUCUUCACGGCUUUCUAAGACUCUACAUCUAUAGGUAUGGCCUAGACCUUGGUCCACUAUUAGGAAUACCUUACCAUCCGACAUAURRUURCCURACAACCAUUGAGAUGAAUCCAUGUCACUACGAGAAUUUUCCAAAGGAAGCCUAUCUCCUACUUUGGUAUUUGUCGGAUCUUUACACCAUUGGAGUAUUAUUCAACAAGUGUCACAUGCUCCAGUAUUUGGCGAAGUGCAUCAUGACAAAGAAGAAACCGCACUACAAGCAACUUUACAAGUGGCUCACUCUGUUCAAAGAUGUGACGUGGUGGCAGGAGAAUAUUCGAGCUCAGCAUAGAUUUGAAGUCUUUGCCACGUUUAAGAUAAUCACUCGUCAAGUCCAGACAGAAGGUGGAAUAAUUAUCCAGAAGACUUAUGAGGCCCAUAUCCAGACAAGCUACAAUGAUAGCGCAUUUAAUGGAGAUAAUUUUCAUGCAAGGACACGUGGUCUGGCAGCACCUCAAUUACCUCGAAGAAUCUCAACUAGACCCCAAUCUUUUAUGUCCCUGUACAGCAAGAUGGCACAACACGAAUAUCUAUUCGAAAGAUUUCGUCGAAGAAAUAAGACAAAUCAUACUCGCCUUUCAUGA